GUCGAAGAUGUCGUCGGGCUUUGGGUUCAAGGGCACGGCCAACCGGUGCUACUCCUUCUGGAAGGAGGUCGAGCGCUGCAACCGCGAAGCGGACCUUCCGGGCUCGUGCGCCGCCCCCGUUGAAGACUACCUCGAGUGCCUCCACCACAAGAAGGAGUUCUCGCGCAUGAACGCCAUGGUUGUCCAGCAGGACCGCGAAGCCAAGGGCCUCGGCAGCAGCAGCGCGCCGCAUCAUUAGCCGCUCAGUACUCCGUAAUACAGCUCUAUAUGGUGGCCGUUGUCGAUCCGGCCUCGCGAAGGUAGCCCACCCAGCGUGCAUUGCUGUGCCAACCUCGAUGUGCAAUGCAUCAUCGUUGCGCCACUCGACAUUGCAUGCACAGGCAGUUGACCUGCGAGUCUUGGCAACGACGGUCGACCUGGAACUCCAGCGUGCGA